AUACAAAUUGACGGGAAAAAAUUAUUUUUCGGAGCGUUUUUGACCUUUUUAAAUAAAUAAUCAACAGAAAAAAAUAUUUUUUGCAAAAUUAAUGGUGAUAAAGAUUGAAUUACUCGCCAUAAAAACGUGAAAGCAAUCAAAAAAUCCCAUAAAAAAGUGAAAAAAAAGAAAAACCUCAGACAGAUUUGUGGUUUUAAAAAGUGAAUUUUUUGUUGUUUACCAAAAAUUUAACAAAAAAGUGACAAAAUUUGCACAAAAGAGCUUCAAAAACACAGAAAAUCAUCAACCAGCAAAAUGACCAACUCACUCUACUACAUUUUUGUGCUAAUUUUCCUGUUUCACGAAUGUCAAAGGAUUACGGCAUACAACCAGGUCACGAUAUCCGUGCCGACGAUAAUUGAUGUCAGAGAUUUCGCGUCGGUGUCGUGUAAUUACAACAUUGGCUUCCACAAAUUGAUCUCUGUCAAAUGGUACAAGGAUAAUAAGGAGUUUUACAGAUACACGCCAUUCAACACUCCGAGCGAAACCCGAAUGACAGUAAAAGGCGUAAAAAUGUCGGAUCGUCACAACAUCGUGUGCGACGAACGCGCUUGUCGCUUAUUCCUCAAAGACUUGUCAGCCCAAUCGAGCGGCAUUUACAAGUGCGAAAUUGCCGGCGAAGCUCCAACCUUCCAAGUCGUUCAAAAUCAAGCCAACAUGACAGUUCUCGUCUUACCGAAACGCGAUCCUCACAUUCUCGGCUUGCAACAUCAACGCUACCGUUUUGGCGAAACCGUAAACGCCAAUUGCACUUCUGACGUUUCCAGCUUGCCCGUGAACUUGCAAUGGUACAUCAACGACCAAAAGGCGCCGCAAUCCUUCGUCAAGCAACCCGUGCAGAUCACAAACAACCUCGAAGGCUUCCAACUUCAGUACAAAAUUUCCGAGUUGUCGUUCAAAGUCGAAAAAUCUCGCUUCCAUGACACGCGCGGACAGAUAAAACUUCAAUGCGUGGCGAAAAUUGAACGACUUCCGUCGACGGCGCAACCUGUGAUCCGCGAAACAUCGACUUACAUCAAUUUGGUGACACGCGGCGACGAUUUGAAGAACCAAAAACUCAUUGAUUCCGGAGCAUCCAACGUUGCUUUGAAGAACAUCCUGACGUCAGUUUUAAUGAUUUCUCUCACACUGAUGAUGCAAUAAAGACCGAAAAACCCCGCAAAAUAUUGGCAAGCAACACUGAAUGUACUCAAAAUUAAACAAAACUCACAUAUUUAGGACACGUAGAUUCGUCAUUCGUAGAAAUUCACGUAAAAGUAAGAAAAUAUUCAAUAAAUGUCUCUCCAUGGCUUGACCUAAAAACUAUCAUCCCUCGAAUAAUUUCGGACAAAAAAACACCAUUAGAACCCCUUUUUAUAUUAAAAACGUUAAAUUUCCUGUUGAUAUUGAAUUAAUAUUGAUUAAAAAUGGACGAAAAUUAAACCAGAAACUUAAAAUUUAUGACUCGUUAAUAAAAACUCGAAUUUAUAAAUAAAUAAA